GACCUUGGAUGCUUCUCCUUUUUCCUGGCUUCUGUUCCAUUUCCAGGCUGGAAGUGUUGAGCUCUCCCACGCACCCACAAACCCAUAUGGCCAGCAGGCCCUGCCACAGCCUGACCCUGGGGACAGCAGGGUGACUUGGGGACAAUGAGACAUGGUGGUUGGCUUUGGUGUUUGUCAGGAUGAGUGCACAGCAGAAAUACUCUUUUCCCUCCAAAUGUGUUUCUUUCAGUUUUGGACAUAUUUUAUCUCUUUCCUAUUUUAUCCAAACAGAGUGGCUUUUUUGAGGAUUUUUAUUUCCUCCUGGUUCUGGUGGAGCUCUGGCCAGUACUGCCCAGCUUUCCUCCCCUCUCCUCCUCACACUCUGCAGCCCUUGCCUCCUCCCUCUCUCCUCCUCCCUCUCUCUUGCUCUCUGGCACAUAUUCCAUUCCUCAGUCACUCCAAUGCCACAGAUUUAUUUUUCAUGUGUGCCUGCACCUGUGUGCACACACAGAAGAAAAACCUUCCAAGCUGAGAGAGGCCACCAGCUCCUUCAUGUAGCUUUUCCCUGCACGGCUUCAUUGCAUAAUUUCAGUGUAUUUGAAUUUAAAUGCAGACCCUGCUUGAUGUGUAACUUCUGUGUGUGUGGUCAGGGAGAACAAAUCCCCAUGUGUUGGUAGGAUCUGAGCUCCAGAGAUACAAGUGAUGCUGUCACAGGUCACUGGUGGCUCUGCUGCUCGGCAGCACCAGCUGUGCAGCAGGAGCCCAGCUGCCUGCAGGCUGCUCUGAGCUCCCAGCCCAGCCCAGCCCAGCCAGCAGGUGACCAGCAGAUGGCACUGGGAGAGGCACCGCUGAGAACUGGGCAGCUCAACUCACCCUGCACACCCUGCCUGCAGUUCUGAGCUUUAUUUCACUGCCAGCCUCAGGUGUAGUUCAGAAUCAGAUUAAAAAUAACCUCGUGCCCAGGUGCUGUGGCUGCUGCACGCUCUGGGAGCAGGCUGAGCUCCUCUGCCCAACUGCCUUGGGGGAGAAAUCCAUCUGUGUCUUGUGGACAGCUGAUGAAAUCCAGCCCCAGAGGCUGCUCCUCAGCCCUGUGAGGGGAGAGGGCUCAGAGCUGGGACAUUUCAGGACCUUGUCUGCUUUUGCAUCACUGUGAAGGACAGUGUGGCAUUCCCUGAAAGUUCCCUAGAAACACUACCAAGAGCAGAAAACCAUUUCUCCUCCCAGCAAGACCAGGGCACUCGGGCAAGCCCUGAUUUUUUUGCAGUGCUGGAUCCCCCACCCUGCUGAGAGCCAUCGAGGCACAACACUGCUGCUGAUUAUCAGCCACCAAGAGAAUUCCAGGACUGCAGUGUUUUAUCACUGGUGUGGGGCUGUGAAUCUUGUGAAAACCCUUGAGUUUUGUUUUCCUGGAGGUUUUGACUUGUGGGGACAGGCUGUUGUGCAAGGACCUAUUUAUAGAGAUCCUUGCAGCAGAAAAGUCCAACCCAGAAGGAAAUCCGCUUUCCUCUUGCCCUGCUGCCCGGGACAGCAGGGCUGAGCCUGCCCACACAGGCAUUUGGGGGGCUUGGCUGAGGGCUGAAUCUGGGGGCUUAGGCAAGGGCAGGGUUUGGUGUGGUGCACAGGGGAGUGCACACAGACAUUCAAGGCAGCCUUUUGCAGCAUUUCCACUCCAUUUAUGGGGUUGGCAUCAGCUGUGCUGACUGGGGUGAAAUGGUGGCAUUUGUGGUGUUUGUGAGGCCUGGCUUCUUUAUCAACCUCACCUGCUGGGUUCCCUCUAUCCCAGGUCCUGUUUCCAGGCCAUUGCAACCAUCUGCAAAACUAAAACAGGAGGGCAGUUCUCCUGGGGUAAGGAAUCUAUUUUGGCCAAGUCUGCAGCACAGCUCCCAGAGUAGGUCCUGUCUUCAGCUGCCAGAGGGGAGUGGUGAUCACGCCUUCUGCAUUGCCAGGGUGGGAAACCCACAAUAGCAAAACUGGGAGGUUUUGAUACCUUGGCCAAAGAGCUGCAAGUGAGCCCUGGUCAUUUUCCUCAUCUUGAGCUCCAGUUUCACAGAUCCUUGGAAAGGCUGCAGGAGACUGGGACCUCCCUAAGGAGUCUGGUGUUCCUAGUGACCCGCUGAGCUGGAACUGGGUGGGAAUGGGGCUGUUCCUGCAGCUGUUGAGGCAUUGUGGUGACAGACACAAUCAGAUGAGUCACAGAUGGGAUGUCUCACCAUGGCCUCCCUCACCUCAGCUCUCCUUGGCACUCACUGUGCUGAUUUGGACAAUACCCCACUGUCACCCUGCCCAGCUCAGAGGAAUUCCCCGUCAACACUUGUGUCCCAGCACUUUUAAAUAAUAGAAUGGAUGAAUGAAUAAAUAGUGUGGAAGACGAUAAACUCCUCCAGAGCUCAUAAACCAGGGCAAGUAGGGAGAAAAUUCAGAGAUCCUGUUACUCCCACAGCAGUGCAGGAGCCUGUUAGACACCGGCCAGCCCCACUGGAGACCCUCGAGAUGUGAGUCAGUAGAAGCCCAGGCUUGGUCACUUCUGUGCUGCAGAGUGGGGCCACUCUGGAGCCAGCAGGCUGGAGCAGAGCCUGUCAGGUGUUGGUGUGUGGCUCCUGUCCCUGUCCCCAUGCAGUGGCUGCUGCUCCCCGGGGUGGGGGACGGGCUGUUCCUUGAGUGAGCAGAGGGAAAGCUGCAUUCCACACACACUUACCUAAUGCCGGCUGGACACGAGUGUCUCAGCUCCAGGGUGGGGCUUGGGCCUUGCACUGCUAAUCUUGAUGCUUCAGACACUGGCUCCAGAAAAAGCUGUCAGAGCAGGUUGGGAGUUGAGAAAUGGCCCUGCACCCCUUUGGCAGCCACCCUGCACUUGCCAAAGCCAUCAGCUCUUACAUUUCCCCAUGAGCCACAUGCCCUGGUGAUGACUCCUCCAGGGCUGUUUGCUCUUCACCACAAGCUCUGUGCAUCCCAAUUUCCUUCAUCCUUGUGGCCACGUUAUCUCCUGCAGGGCUCAGCCAGGGUGCUGUAGUGCCAGGGGCUAUGGGGAGCUUGGCCCUGCAUCUCCACAUCACCUUUGGAGAGACCAGCAUCUGCACUGGUCUAGUGGAAGGUGUCCUGCUCAUGGCAGAGGGAUUGGAAUGAGAUGAGCUCUCAGGCUCUUCCCAGCCCAAACCAUUCCAUGGCUCUGUGAUUCUCAGCACUGCCUUGUUCCUUGUAAGCCAGGCCAUGGUGAGCUGGCUAGCAGGAGCUGGAGCCUGUGUUGAUGUUUUCUAGAUGUUUCUCCAGGUCUCCAGAGAUCCAACAGCAAAUGUGUGGAGUUGUCUCCAUCAAGAGACAGAUUUGCCUUAGCAAUACACAGGAAUCUCUUGUUUGAACAUCUGAAUUGAAGACCUGGUGAGAUCUUGGCCUCAGACCCCACUUGCAGGAUUUGUUGGGAAAUUGAGGGCAUGACCGACCUCAGGGCUAAUGAAGGACAAAGUAAUACACAGAGCUCCGAGAUCUGGGGGGCAGCAGCAGAGCUGCUGUGGUGAGAGAGGUGAUCCGUGUGGCCCAAAACCGGAGGAAACCCGACAAAGCCUUGCCUGGGGACUGGGGAGGGGGAGGCAGAGCCGGCGGCGUGUGAUUAACUUGGCUCGGCUCUCAGAGCUGCCCACCCGCUGAUCCUCUCUAGCAGGCUGCGAUCCCAGCGGAGCUCCUGGAGCCGGGCCGGGCGGUUGCACAAUCGCAGAUGAGGAACCGAGGCUGGAGCAGCCCGGGGGGCUCGGCCAGAGCGGCUCCGGCUCCGGCGCGGGGGCUGCGGGACACGAGUGCUGAACCCUCCAGGUGUCUGCGGGAGGGAGCAGAGCCUGUCCCCGCAGAGCCAUGGUUUGGUUAUUCCAGCCAGCCCCGAGGGCAGCCACAGACUCCCAGCUCUCCUGUUUGGGGCCAUCUCAGCGCUGUACCCUGUUCUUCCUCUCCUGCUCCCCUCUGUCCUGAUGGUUCAGGGAAGAGGCAUCAGCCCUCAGCUUGUCCCUGUUGCCAGCAGGCUGGGCAGCCCAGGGGGCUGUUCCUCAGCUGCCAAAUGCUGUUCCCCCAUCACAGACCCGGGGCUGGCCGAGGUGGGCUCUGGCUCUGUCUGGGGAGUUGCUGUGCUGCAAACUGCUCUCAGCAAUUGCAUCUCGCUGCCUUUGUUUCUAACGCAGCUGCAUUCCAGGCACGGGGGAAGACCCGUGUGAAAACAGGGCUUUGUCAAUUGCUGCGGGAUUGUUGUUACAGAUUAGGAGGAAUGGAACAGGAGGUAGAAGAGAGGACCCGUAACUGAGGGCUCAGGGGAUGGUUGAGGUUUGGAGCAGCGGAGGCUUGGAUGAAGAAUGCCAGUCCAGGGAUUGGGAUUCAGGAACAGGGUCUGUCCCAGGGAGAGGACCCUGCGUGGUCGUUGGCACUGCUGCCUCUCCAUCAAGGCCGAUAUGUGAGAUGGGUGUGUUCUGCAUGGCUCCAAAACUCUAAUAAAUACAUUUCCUCCCCAAUCUUCAAGCUGUUGGGUGUUCCUUGCUUUUGGGAGGUGCUUUAAAUCUGACUGCCAGAGCCGUGGGCUGCUGAGAGCAGAAGCUGCCUGCACGAUGCUGAGCUCAGGUCUUCCUCCCGUUCUUCUGGUGCUCUCAGUGCUGGAGCUGAGCUGGUGCCUGAGUGAUGAAGAGAAGAAGAUCAUCUUGGAUGAGCAUAAUAAAUAUCGCUCCCAGGUGUCUCCUCCUGCCAAGGCUAUGAUGAAGAUGACCUGGGACAAGGAGCUGGAGGCCCUUGCUCAAUCCUAUGCAGAGAAGUGCAUCUGGGAUCACAACAAGGAGAGAGGCCGACGGGGAGAAAACCUCUUUGCCAUGGCCCCAACCCUGGAACUGGAAUUCGCCGUGGAAGACUGGAACGGGGAGGAGAAGUUCUACAACUUUACAACAUCCACCUGUGUCCCCGGGCAGAUGUGUGGCCACUACACCCAGGUGGUCUGGUCAAACACGCAUCAGAUCGGCUGCGGGGCACAUUUUUGUGAGAAGAUCGAUGGAAUCGAAACAGAGAACAUGCACCUGCUUGUCUGCAACUAUUAUCCCCCGGGUAACAUGAAAGGCAAAAAGCCCUACAUGGAAGGACCCUCAUGUGAAAUGUGCCCCAUGGACACAGUCUGCGUGAACAACCUGUGUGAACUCGUUGUAGAAGAGACCACUCCGGCCUCUGUGACAACAAAGGCAAGGCCAUCCACCCCAGCCACAGCCAAACCAGAGCCCACAGCCAAACCAGAGCCCACAUCAAAACCAGAGCCCUCAGCCAAACCAGAGCCCACAGCUAAACCAGAGCCCACAGCCAAACCAGAGCCUACAGCUAAACCAGAGCCCACAGCCAAACCUGAACCCACAGCCAAACCAGAGCCUAAAGCCAAACCAGAGCCUACAGCUAAACCAGAGCCCACAGCCAAACCAGAGCUCACAGCCAAACCAGAGCCUACAGCCAAACCAGAGCCCACAGCCAAACCUGAACCCACAGCCAAACCAGAGCCUAAAGCCAAACCAGAGCCUACAGCUAAACCAGAGCCCACAGCCAAACCAGAGCCCACAGCCAAACCUGAACCCACAGCCAAACCAGAGCCUAAAGCCAAACCAGAGCCCACAGCCAAACCAGAGCCUACAGCUAAACCAGAGCCCACAGCUAAACCUGAACCCACAGCCAAACCAGAGCCUAAAGCCAAAGCAGAAUCCACAGCACCAGUUCACACCACAGCUGAACCAGAACCCACACCAGCACCCACCACAGCCAAACCAGCACCCACAACACCAGUACACACCACAGCAAAACCUGAACCCUCACCAGUGUCCACCACAGCCAAAUCUGAACCCACACAACCAGUUUCUACCACAGCCAAGCCAAAACCCACAGCCACACUCCCAACCACAGCCAAGCCCAAACCCCCAGCACCGGCAUCCUUCAGCACAGCCAAGCCAAAAGCUGCCAGCACACUCCCAACAACCCCAGCCAGGCCAAAACCCACAACAGCAGCAGCAGCCACCACAACCAUGGCCAAGCCAAAACCCACUGUGCCAGCAGCCACCAGCACUGCAGCCAAGCCAAAGCCCACCACAACUAUGGCCAAGCCAACACCCACCACACCAAAACCCACCCUAACAACCACUGCCACUAAGCCAACAACCACCACUGCCACCAAGACAACACCCACCCCCCUGAAACCCACCACAACAAACACCAUGGCCAAACCAACACCCACCACAACAAACACCACCACCACCACCACCACCACCACCACCACCACCACCACCACCAAACCAACACCCACUACACCAAAUCCCACCACCACCACCACCACCACCACCAAACCAACACCCACCACAACAAACACCACCACCACCACCACCACCACCAAACCAACACCCACUACACCAAACCCCACCACCACCACCACCACCACCACCAAACCAACACCCACUACACCAAACCCCUUCACAACCACCCCUACAGCCAAUCCAAAGCCAACCACAACUAUGGCCAAGCCAACACCCACCACACCAAAAUCCACCCCAACUGCAGCUAAGCCAAAACUUGCUACAGCCACAGCCAAACCAACACCCACCACCCCAACAUCUACCACCACUACAGCCAAGCCAACACCUGCUGCUACAACACUAGCACCUGCCACAACAGCAAAGACACAACUGAAAACUGCCACAACCACAAAGCCAGAACCAGAAAGACCUGAUCCUACUGAGGCAACUGAGAUCACUCUUUCCUUUGAGCCCACCUUAGACCCAGACUAUAAAGUAUCUCCAGAGGCAGACACUAGAGAGCCUCUUAGCUCCUUCACUACAGAGGAUCCAGCCUUACUAGAAAGCAUGGGCACAGCUUUCAGCCCCAGAUCAGUCCCAGAAAUAAAGGAAGGUGUCAAAGAGCAUGGGAAGGAGAAAUCAGCCUUUCCCAGUCCACCUCCAUCCCUCAGCCAAGCUGUUCCAGAGAUGAAGCUAGGUUUCAAUAGAGCUGAGCUCAUAACCUCCUCCAAGUCAGUGGUCCUCAGCCCUGAAGAGCCCACGUUCUUGCGCUUAACAUCAUCCUCCAAAGACAAAAAAGGGCCGAGUCCCCAUUUCCAGACCUCCCUCUCAGCAGGUGCCCUGGACACAGAAGAACUGGAGACAAACUCAGACCAGACAGGUGUGGAUCUGCCCAGAGGAGGAGCCCCCAGUACCUGCUUGGGCUUUUCACUCUUCCUCCUGCCCAGUGCCAUCCUGGUGGGCCUUCUGCUCUGAAGGGUCUUCCUCAGCUGUCCCUGCACCCCUCACCAAGGCUUUUGUCAGCGCUGGUUGUUCCACAGCCCUGGCAGGCUCAGGAGCUCCUUGGACAAUUCACACACUCCCUCCUUACGCUGCCUUCUCUGCUGCAGCCGCGGAGAGCCAAGGGCAGCUGGCAGUGCUGGGGGAACUUUGUCCCCUUCCUGAGGAGAUCUGAGGGCAGGAAGGUGUUUGCCAUAAUGCUGGUGACCUUGGAUGCUUCUCCUUUUUCCUUUUUCCAUUUCCAGGCUGGAAGUGUUGAGCUCUCCUACUCAUCUGCCCAUGUGGCUGGCAGGCCCUGCCACAGCCUGACUCUGGGGACAGCAGGGUGACUUGGGGACAAUGAGACAUGGUGGUUGGCUUUGGUAUUUGUAGAUGAGACACAGUGGUUGGCUUUGGUGGUUAUUUUCCAGCAGAAAUGCUUUUUCCCUUCCUGAUGUGUCCGUCUCAAUUUUGGACAAGUUUUACCUCUUUCCCUCCUUGUCCAAAUAGAGUGGCUGUUUUGAGGAUUUCUGUUUCCUCCUGGUUCUGGUGGAGCUCUGGCCAGUACUGCCCAGCUGUUCUCCCCUCUCCUCCUCACUCUCUGCAGCCCAAGCCCCAGAUUCAUUUUACGCCUGUGCUUGCACCUGUGUGCACACACAGAAGAGAAACCUUCAGAGCUGAGAGAGGCCACCAGCUCCUUCAUGUAGCUUUUCCCUGCAUGGCUCAUUCUUUGCAUAAUUUCAGUGUAUUUGAAUUUAGAUACAGAUUCCUCUUGACUGUAACUUUGUGUGUGUGUGAUCAAGGAGAACAAGUCCCCACUUGUGUUGGUACAAUCUGAGCUCCAGAGGUACAAGUGACAUUGUUAGAGGUUAUUGGUGGCUCCUGGGCCUGUUGCAGGACCACUGGCAUUGUCUGGGCCACUGUGUUUUGUUUUUGUUUGUCUCUCCUCCCUUCACCUGAGGAUUCCCAGUCAGGUGUGUGAAAUAUGUGCCAGAAGAUAACGGGGAGAUGCAGCCCCUUCUCUGGUCACUGCAACCUUUCAUUUCCUACAGAUGAGGUGGAGGAUGUCCUGAAGGCCAUUAUUCAGAUCCUCCACUGCUGCUCUGUCCUGUGCAUCCCCAGAGCAUGCACUGAAUAAAUCCUGUUGUCAAAGUCUGUUCUCUCUCUCUGGGGGAUCUGGACACCUGGGAGCUACUUACUAUUAAAAUGCUCUUAAUUAUGUGCUUACAUAGAACUGCUAAAAGACAAUAUGACUUCUGUGGGUCCUGAAGGGGUUUUUUGGCUUUCCAAAAGCAUCCAUGUGCUGCCUUUUGUAAGGGUGUAACUUAAUGUUUUUAAACCUUUGUAAAAGCAGCAGGAGGCCAUGGGGAUCAAGGAUGACGUAGGGAAUUUUUCUUGAGCAUCCAGCUGAGUGUAAAGUUAAAAUGUGUCCCCACCAGGAAUUCUUGGGCAAGGGAAGCAAGAGAAAAAGAGCUCAGAGCAAAAAAUAAGAAAUAAAAAAUAUGGCUGGA